AUGCGAGGUUGGCCGGUGAACCAACCGGGUUACUUGUCCGCGAAAAGAUCGCAGGAGAUUUUUUCCCAUCACCAUGGUGUUCCGAAAGAGCAGAUAAUGGUUUCGUUCGAUGGCUCGGCGCGAGUUUACGUACAAUAUUGUGAGAAAGAGACGAUUAAUAGCGAUGAAAGUUUGUAUAGAAUAUCGGGUUUUGUUUAUACGUGUGUUAAAAUACGACAUUGCGAGAGUCCGACAAAGAUUGGGUUGUUAAACAAGAAUAAGGCACAGGAUAGAAGCAAAAAUGAAGAUUUGGACAAAUUUGUGAACACUAUUUUCUUCAAGAAAGGAGUUACAUGUACUAGUAGGACUAGAAGUGACCUGUUCAAGAUCAAACCGGAACUGCCAGGUCUUGAUGUAACUUUUGUACCUUUGUCUGUACAAAAUAUGAGUUACCCUGCCUGGGUUUGGGCUACUCUGGAUAAUGAUGAAACUCACAAGAAAAUGCGCAGAAUCGAGGCCGGCCUCAAUGCGCGUUCCCUGAGAGAAUAUUUCUUUCCGCCCAAAAUCAAAACUAUCCUUGCCGCUCCCAUGGAAAGAAACGAUUCUCCGACAAUGUAUCACCGCGUGACAGUCGAGGAAUACAAUAUGAAAAUUGUGAAUAUCUUUUUCAUCGAUCAUGGUCGCAUCUCUCAAGUACAAUCCAGCGAUUUGCGAGUAAUCGAUGACGUCGCGAUUUUAAAGUUACCGUGUCUAGCGUUUCGAUGCGCUUUGGCUACUAUUCGUCCUUCGUAUGAGAUCGACAAUUCCCAAGGAUGGUCGAGGGUGUCGCGGGACUGCUUCGAGGCUCAAAUUUGCGGAAGUAAGACGAUCUUUGGGAAAAUUUAUUCGGUUGCAAAUAGUACCGUUUAUUUAGAAUUGAUUGUUAUCGAGAAGAAUAAUGAGGAAUUAAAUAUGAGUGAGUAUUUAAUCGAAAAAGGGCACGCUAUAAGUAGGAAGGAAAGCUUCUUGUCCAAGCACAAUCACGAUUUGCGAGUCAUGAACUCAAUGUCGCCGGAGGAAAAGUCGUUUUACGAGGGACGACAAUAUAACGAGGACAAUUUUUCCGAAUAUCCCUGUCUACCGGGAGAGAAAGAUUGCGACUCGUUGGUACAGCUCCAAGGUCCUUAUUCACCACUCGAAAUCAACAUGAUCCCAACCGGCAAAUACAAGAGAGCUCUCAUCGAACACAAUUCCGUUCUUCUCGAUGAGAAUUGCGGUUGAUCGACGCAUCUGCUGGUCGCGCAAAGUGUUCAUCGACUGAACGAUAGCAAUAAUUUGCUAUCGUGGCGUAACACCACUUUAUUGUCGAAUUUACCAGGACUUACGGCGUUGCUCGCGCUGAUUUUCGCACCGCGCGUCGAACUGACAAAUAACAUUACCAAAUGCAAUGCCUUGAGUAUAUAUUACAUCGGAGCGCUUUGCGGAUUGGGCCCGAUGGACAGCUGCACCGGCAGGGGCAUAUACGUUUCUCCCCCUACAGAAGUAUACGGAGGUUUCAUUGAAGGAAACGCCAUCACUCGACGCGCCGGAGUGGCCGCUUUAGUCAGUGAUAAGCGAGCGAGCCGGAUCGACCUUAGAAACCGCCAAGAACAGAACGGCAACCCCAAUCAAAACAACGUACGAACGGCGAAAGGAGAAAGAAGAAAAGAGUUCAAGAAGCAAGUUCCGACAUCGAAUUGCCACGACGUUUCAAAGUCAUCUGAUAUCGGCUGCAACAAAAGGGUAUCCCUUAUUGAUUAA